AUGUCAGCUCUAAUCCCACUGUCCGAAAUCCCAUCCAUCUCCCUCCUCUACCGACUCAAACACCUUGUCCCCGCUGUUUCGCCGCGCAUCUCCUCCCCGUCUCAGAUCCUCAACGACACCAUCUGCCAUCUUUCCAGUGACAUCACGAAGCUCGAAGUAGACUGUAUCGUGAACGCGGCCAACAGGUCACUCCUCGGCGGAGGCGGCGUUGACGGUGCCAUCCACCGCGCCGCCGGUCCCAGCUUACUUUGGGAAUGUCGCAACCUGGGAGGCUGUCAGACGGGCGACGCCAAGAUCACCAAGGCGUACAACCUUCCCUGCAAAAAGAUCAUUCACACCGUUGGUCCCGUUUACUGGACGGAGAUGCAGAAUAACGAGGAUGAACCCGAGCGGCUACUGCGCAGCUGCUAUCGACGAAGCUUGGCCCUUGCCGCCGAGAAUGGUAUGAAAACCAUUGCCUUUUCGUCAAUUAGCACCGGCGUUUAUGGCUAUCCAAGCGACGAAGCGGCAGACAUCGCGAUCCGCACCGUCAAAGAAUUCCUGGAAGGCUGCCCACAAGCACUGAGAAAGGUCAUAUUCUGCACGUUCGAGAAGAAAGACGAGCGGGCGUAUCAAAAGUUGAUCCCGCAAUACUUCCCACCGACUCAAUCCGAUGUUCCGCAGUCCCCAACCGAAGAGGAAACACCAGCCGUUGAGGAUUCCGAUCCGCCGUCCGCCAAUCUUGCCGCUCAGCUACCUGACGCGCCAACCACCGAACCCAUUCCGCAAGGAGGGCCUGAGAUAAAGAAGCCAAAACUGGAAUCCGUGGUUGCGGAGAGCCGUACGCUGGAUCGAGACGACGAGAAAAGCGAAGAUGACUGGGAGAAAGUCGACCAAUCCGAGGGCAUUACGCCCAUAGAGAAGCUUGAUGAUGAUCCGGUCGAGGUGGACAAGGCUCCCACCGCCGCCGAUGUGCAGAGUGUGGUUUCAAGCGUUGCGGAUCUGGGUUCGUCGACGGAAAUGAAGCAGAGGAAGGAAUAA